AUGGUGGAGCAGGGAGACGCGGCGCCGCUGCUGCGCUGGGCCGAGGGCCCCGCCGUCUCGCUGCCGCAGGCCCCGGAGCUGCAGGCGGGAGGCCGGGCCCGGGGCUGCGGCGGGGGCGCGCGGCCGGCCGCGGAGCCGCCCCGGAGGCGGGAGCCCGAGGAGCCGGCUCCCUCCGAGGUGCUGCUGCAGCCCGGGCGCCUGGAGCUGGGCGACGUGGAGGAGGACCAGGUGGUGGCCGUGUUUGUGGUCACCUUCGAUCCUCGCUCGGGAAACAUGGUAGAAUGGUGCUUACCUCAAGACAUCGACCUUGAAGGUGUUGAAUUCAAGUCUAUGGCCAGUGGGUCCCAUAAAAUUCAAUCUGACUUCAUCUAUUUUCGAAAGGGGCCUUUCUUCGGCCUGGCCUGCUUCGCCAACAUGCCCGUGGAAAGUGAGCUGGAGCGGGGUGCACGAAUGAAGUCCGUGGGCAUCCUCUCGCCCUCCUACACCCUGCUCUACCGGUACAUGCACUUCUUGGAGAACCAGGUUCGGCACCAGCUGGAGAUGCCAGGACAUUACUCUCAUCUGGCUGCAUUUUAUGAGGACAAGAAAGGGGUGCUCCAUGCUGGUCCUGGGAGAGGCAGCAACCUGCCCCCUGUCUACUGGCUGCCCUCCAUCCACCGCUACAUGUACCCUGAGAUGAAGAUUACACACCCAGCUGGCUGCAUGUCUCAGUUUAUUAAGUUCUUUGGCGAGCAAAUCCUCAUCCUCUGGAAAUUUGCCUUACUUCGAAAGCGCAUUUUGAUAUUUUCUCCCCCUCCUGUGGGCGUUGUAUGCUAUAGAGUGUACUGCUGCUGUUGCCUGGCCAACGUCUCUCUGCCUGGCAUCGGGGGCACCAUUCCUGAGUCCAAGCCCUUCUUCUAUGUGAACGUGGCUGACAUCGAGAGCCUGGAGGUAGAGGUGUCCUAUGUGGCCUGCACCACAGAGAAGAUAUUUGAAGAGAAGCGAGAGCUGUAUGAUGUUUAUGUGGACAACCAAAAUGUGAAGACACACCAUGGCCACCUGCAGCCCCUGCUGAAGAUCAACAGUGCCGACAGGGAAAAGUACCGGCGGCUUAAUGAGCAGAGGCAGAUGCUAUUGUAUUCCCAGGAAGUGGAAGAAGACUACAACCCUUGUGAGGAGGACCUCUUUGUGCUGUUUUUCCUAGAGCAAAACAACCGGAUAUUUCAGACUUUGUUGGAGGUGUCUGCCAGUCAGGACAAAACUCUGACAGCAGAGCAUGCCAGGGGCAUGGGCCUGGAUCCCCAAGGAGACCGCAGCUUCCUAAUGGACCUGCUGGAGGCCUACGGCAUUGAUGUCAUGCUGGUCAUUGACAACCCCUGUUGCCCAUAGGAUGAGUGACAUGGGAGGACUGGUGAGCCACUCACAAUGGUGAACAUAGCCUGGAGUGUACCCCAGGCCCCCAACGGCCUGUUUUUAAUUAUGGUGACACAAAGGAAGAUUGUUUAUACUUUCCAACAAAUGUAACUUUUGCAAAUUCCUUUCUUCCCUUUUCCCUAGAGGUAACGUGAGAUGGCCUUGAUUUGUGCUUCCUGCUUUGGUAGGACACUGAAUUCUACCACCAUCUCCUGGAGCUGCUGCUUUGGGUUUAGUCUUUGGAGUUCUGUCACUAUGAGCAGGCUGAGCUCUGAAAACAGUGGGGUGGACUGCUCAGAAAGUCUGUGUGUCCUUGUCCCUUGAUGCAUUCAAGAAGACAACCAUCUGUCCAGUGUGGCCUUAGAUGUUCAUCUGCCUGAGAGCAGAAACUAACCAGAUGACCUUUCAAGAUCAUCAGGUUCUAUGAGUCAGUGGUCUUGGGAUCAAAAACCUUUUCCUUAGGGCAAGUCUGUGUCUUCCUUGUUCACUUGAAUAGGGACCACAGAAAGGGACAAAGGGAUGUUUUUGACACCAGAUAGCUUCUUUAAGGACCGAAUGACAGGAAGAGGUUUCUUAUUGGUCAACUGAAAGCUACACUCAUAGACUGAAGCCUUGAAACUCUUCCUAAACUAAGUGAAUGAUGGGCACUUAAUGUAAUGUGCUCAUUCUUUCUCUGAAUCCCUCCUCUUAGGUUGGGUUGGCAAAUUCCAGGCCAGUGGUGGCCCUGGAGCUCCCAAGAAGAUUUAUUUUACAAUUUAGUCUCUUAAGGGCUAAAUAUUUUCUUGGAAUAACUUGGGUGUUUUUAGAGGGUAGAGGGGCAGAUGUUCAAACAGGCUAGAGAACAAGCUCUAAGUUUCUUCAUCUGGAUGACGGUUCCCUGGAGGCAUUACCAGCAACCCCCUGCAUCAGACAGAUGCAUUGGAUUCCUAAAUCUAGCCAGGACUGAGCUGAUUGACAGAGGUUGGAGCCUGAUGUUGUUAAUAAGACUGUUCGCCAGUCUGGAGUGCUCACAAACAUCUUUUUAGCAGGCUUAGUGAUUGGGUCCUGAGACCUAAAAGAUUUGUUGAAGAAAAUCUGACAGUGCCUUCCCCUCAGGGAGUGGUCAGGAGCCCUCAGGUGUCAGUCCUAAUCUUAUCUGCUUUCUUGAAUGGUCUGGGAUGGGUCCUGUAGUCACCUGCCUCUUCUCUUGGGAUGGGUUACUUGAUGGCUGCCAGCUUGGGUGAAAGGACACUUGUUAACCAUAAUCAGAAAGCCAGAUCCUGUGAGUAAAGUUUAGGUCUUCUGGGGCCAUAGUUAAGGCUUUUGACCUGAGAUCCUGGAUUUUUGGUAACCUAACUUCUUCCCCUUCACCCUUCUGUUAUUGGGAUAGCCAUCAAUGCAUCAUACAGGCUGGUGUAGACAGCAGAGAAAGAACCUUCAAAUGGAUGGGUUAUGUGUCUUAUCAACUCAAGGUUCUUAGGGCUAUUGCUUAAUUUAAAAGUAUUUUUCACUGUAGUUCCUUGAUACAGAAUUCAAAAGUAAAUAAAUUCACAAGUGGAAAUACAAAUACAGUGACUAAUCACAGUAGUAUCUUAUGUAAAUAUAUAAAUAAGAUUGGGCAUUGAGAAGUAAUAUGUACAACUAACACAUUUUCUCCUUUGCAUUGUGGAUUCAGUCAUCAUUCCAGUAACAUGUUUACAAAAGAAAACACACCUGUGCCCAGAGGCUGAUGCUUCACCUGCUUCCCCUUUAUAAGCAACUCCCUCCACUUGCCUUGCAAAGCUCAUGGGGUCUUUCUCACUUGUGUCAAGAAGUGGAUACUUCUAGUGGUACCCUAGGGUUCAGGGUUUUCUAAGUUGAAGGUGGGUGGCUAGAGAUAGGCAUAGGGGGAUUCUUCUGGAAGACACAGGCAGACCCUAUCUCUGGAAUUGGGGGAUUUGCUAGAAGGACCCUGUCUAAAUACUUUGGCUCCAGAGCCUUCUGUAUGUGAACGCUUAUGUGUCCUGUGCUGUUUUAACUCCAGGCUCAGAAGUGCUGCUGUAAAGACAGCAAGGUGAGAAGGAAGUUCUGUAUUUUCCUUUGAAUAGAGCCAGGGCUGUGGCAGCUGUCUGUCUGGUCUCUGACUUGCUUGGGCUCAUGAGGAAGGUGAGGGUGUGAGUGUGGGAGGCCCAGAGGGGAAUGCACCGAGGCAGUGCUGUCCUAAGUCAUACGGGCCUGGACUAGCUGACCCCAGAGCAGAACUUCUUGAACUCCCUCAGUCCUCCUCUGUCUUGCCGGCUUCCUCCUGACGCAGCCUCUGCUUGACUGAACAGCGUGAGCCCUUCACUCACUCCUUGCUGUGUAUCACCCCAGCUAUGACCUGGGCUACGUGGAACCUCUUGCUUCCGAGGUCACCUUUUGAAGUUUUGCUUAGUACCAGACUCUGCUGCUCCCACAUGGGAAGUUAGCAGGCACAACCGUAUCAUUUGCUACAAGUUUCCUCUGGGGGGAACUUGUUUUUGAAGUACUAGGCAGGAAUCUCUCUACAGUGACAGCAGAAGCUAGGAGCCAUGUGAACCUGCUUUUCUGUCACUCUUUAAAUAUAUUCUUAAAAUAAAAAAUCUGCUUUUGUUUGAAAGAAGUUGGCCACAUCUUUCCCUGCUUAGGUCUAAGCUUAGUAGAGGCAGUGUUAUCACCUCCACUGACCUCAGGAGCAAGGCUGUAUGGAUCCUUGAGCCCUCUGCUGGUGGCCCUCACCUGUCCCUGCAUAAGAUACCAGACCCUGCUGGGGAGCUCUGAGCCUGAUCUUGUGCCCCCUAUGGACCACCUGCUGAUUUGUGAUCCUAGGGCUGCCCAAUCAUCCCUAAGUGGAAAGAGUCCUGUGGGGACUGGAAUCAGGAUUGGGAUUUGUUUAUAUCCAUGUUAAGUAGGACAAAGGCCUGUUAAAGUGAAUGUUUUCAAUUUUGUAGGCUCAGUAGAUAAUAAAAAGAGUCAGAUCCUGCAGGACUUAUAUCCUACCAAACUAAAAAGUAUGCACCAAAUCAUUGAUUAGCAUUUGCUUUGGCUUUAAAUAUGAAACUGUACCUAGGCCUGGCCUGAAUCCAUUCCAAUGUCAGCAUCCCACCUGGGACCUGUACAGUUCUGAGAACAGUGAACUAGAAGGCAUCUGCCUCCCACACCCUCCAUCCAUUCUGGUAUCUCUUCUCCUAUCUGGCUAAGGAAGAGAGGCCAAGCUCAUUAGCAUAUUGAUAGAAGUAAUUUACAUAGGAACUUACAUCUUUAGCUUACCUUUUUAUAAACCAUGUGAAGAUCAUGAUGGGAAAAAUAAAAGUAGCACACAGAUGCAGAUGUUGCCUGAUGUCACAUGUGAAGAUCCACGUAUUCUGUAACUACCUGUGAUAUUUUAGCUAGAAGAUAAAGAUAAAUCGUAGCUAAGUCAUUGUUUUUAUUCUGGUGGCUAGAGAAUGAACUUGAUGUCUUGAUAUACUGAAAGCCCUUCAAGUACAAUAAAAAUGUGAAAUUAUUCACCUUUCCAUUGAGGCCUUCAGGGAACAUUUCAUAAAGGGUGGUAAAGAAUUAACCUUCAUUGGCAGAACAUCAAACUUGGAGAAAAGGCAGGGACCUCAGGGACUGUUUUUCUCCUUUGAAAAUGCAUUACCCAGGGAACUGAUUACACUCCAAGUCUAGUGUAGACCAUUCCUGGAGAGGCAGACUAAUGAGCGGAUGGUGUGUAAGACAAUGCUCAGCUUGACAGCGAACAUGAAAGACCAGCAUCUCUGCAUGGGCUUCUCUUUCCCUGUUAGGUUCCAGGCUAGUAAGCUUGGAACCUGAGAGAUACCUACCACCCUCCCCCCCCACCCCUGCCAUAACUUGCAGCUAUGUCUGUGGUGAACAUACUGCAGACCUGCAAGCCUACCUUGGCAGGGCAGGCCCCACCCUUCUCAUUUCAGGAAAAUCCUUCUCUGAUUCAGGUGGGGGAGGGGAGGAGUUAAGGGCUCCUUUUACUCCCAAAUUAUUAGUUUUUACUAUUUCAUUUUUUAUUACUAAUAUACCUCUGUUCCCAGGAGCUAUUGGAGCACUAAAUGUUGUGGGAAAAGGCUAACUGUGAAUUAAGUUUAUGUUUUUCUUAUAAGAAAUGGAAGUUUAUUUUUAUAUUGAUGUUACUAUGUGAUAAACCGAGUAUGAAGAUGUURAAAUGGAAAGAGAUUUCAAAAUUAUAAUCCUAGAAAUGGGCAGCUUUCUAAUUCCGUAGUGGUGAGACCCUUAGAAACGUUGUUUCAGAGAGUGAAAAGGACAUUGUGCGGUGUGAUCUGAACAGCACUCCAGGAGAUAAACUUGACAGUCCCAGGAAGGAUGACACACACCAAGCUUCAGCAGGACUCUAGGACAGAAGAGGGUAAAUGUGAUCCUUCUGAUUAGGCUCUCAGUCACCUGGAGAGAGGUGGGAACGGGAGGAGGUUUUAAAACUAGCACUUUACUUAUUUUGGAGGGCUGGAAUUUAGGGGUAGAUGAGGUAAAAUUGCAAAUUUAGAAAGGGAUUAGGAAUUUUCUAGUGCUGUAUAGACAUCCAAUGAUGGUGAAGUGAAGCCCUGCUUUCAUCUUUUUAGAAUUUAUUGUAGAACUUCAGUAUACCCUAAGUUCAGAGAGUUUAUUUAGUACCAUAGUAGGAAGGUGUUAAUUAUGUUUGUUAUAGAAUGCCUUUUAGACUAAUGAUGAAUAUAUACUUUGCUUUCUAAGAACGGUUGAAGGAUAUGGGUAAGGUGGAAUAUUAUAAAUUGGUCAGAGAUGAUCCACAAAAUGAAAAAUUCACACAGAGGUAACAGCUGGUUACAAGUAUAUUUGACUGACAUUAGAGUGAAACUCCUUUGGGUAAAUUAAGCAAAGCUGAAGUAUAUAAAAGAUCUGAAGAUGGCAUUAGGAAAAGUUUGGGCCUAGCAUAUGCACAACUGCCAUCAGUGGGGAAUGGCGAGGACUCUGCUUCUGAUGAGUCUGGAUGGGUGACCCGUGUGGGGUGGGCGGGGAGAGGCAAACAAAAUGAACUUCCUAUAUUUACCCAACGCUUGUUGGCUAAAUUUCUAUAUAACCUUUCCUGGAAAAGAAACAGUCAUGGCCCUGGAAAACCUGUUUUUUCUGAGUUAGGAUCAGCUUACCUCCCUUUCCCUAUUGUGAGCAACACCCCAGCCUGAGUUAUAGCAAUAAGAGAAAUGGAAUCUGUGUUUAAGUCUUCACCUUGUGAUGAAAUCAGAUAGUUCCCAGGUGUUGCCCUCCUCUCUCUGUUUUCAAUGGUAGUAAUUUAAAGGCCUAAAGGAAGCUGAUUAGUCCCAAGGCUAAGGGUAAAUGUUUCUUGAUUUUGUUCUGUGGUACAAAUAACAUCUAUGUAUAUCAUAUCUGUAUAUAUCUGAA